AUGGACUUGCAGGGCCAGUGCAGCAUGAAACAUGUUCACACUGGUUAUCGCUACUUCCAGUGGAAUCAGGGGAAACUCCAUCUUGGCAGCCUUUCCCAUGCUGCUCAUCCAUUAGGCUUUUGGGAUCAGGUAGAGGAGCCUGGCCACAACUCCUUCACCUUGUUGCUGGAGGACCUUGCCUGGUCCCCCGAAGAGCUAACUGCGGGGUUUGGUGAGACUCAGCUGGCCUUUGUGUCAAAGCCCAAACACAGAUGCCUAAUCAAAGAUUACCAUCAGUUCCUGGCCUUGAUGUUUGCUGUCAGGGAGGUGAAUAAGGAUCUAGUUCUCCUCCCCAACAUCACCCUUGGCUUCCGCAUCUAUGAAAAUAAGAAGAUGGAGAGGAAUAUUUUCUUAAACAGCCUCUCCCUGCUCUCCACACGGCGCCGAAUGGUUCCAGGUUACAAAUGUGACAGGCAGGAGACUCUGCUCUCUGUCAUUGGAGGUCACAACUCCAAAUCCUCAAGGCAGAUGGCCUCCAUCUUCAGCAUCCUCAAAGUCCCACAGCUUCUUCCCUAUUUGAGGAACGUUCAGUUCAACAACAGUGCUGGAGAUGAAGUCUCCUUCUCAGAAAAUGGCCUGGGAUCUGCUCGUUAUGAUCUUUUCAACUGGGUUCUGCUCCCCAACGAAUCUUUUGUCCCUGUGAAAGUUGGACAAAUAGAUCCCGGGGCUCCCGCAGGACAGGAUUUCACCAUUAACUCUGAUGCAAUUGUCUGGGCAAAAAAGAAGGUGCCCUUUGCCAGGUGUGGCAUGAAGAGGUGCCAGGCAGGAGAGAGGAAAAGAGUUCCAGAGGGCGAGCAGGUUUGCUGCUACCAAUGUGACCCUUGUCCAGAAGGGACCAUUUCUAACCAGACAGAUUCUGCAAGCUGUGAUCCCUGCCCAAAAGACCAAUAUCCCAACAAGGACAAGGACCACUGCAUUGCCAAGAAGAUCCACUUCCUUUCCUAUCAAGAGACCUUGGGAUACACUUUAGUUUCUCUCACUCUUUUUCUCUCCAUGAUCACAUUGGCAGUGCUGGCAAUUUUCCUUAAACAUUGUGACACACCAAUCGUCAAGGCCAACAACCGAGAUCUCACCUACAUCCUCCUGGUCUCCCUCCUCCUCUGCUUCCUAUGCUCCUUCCUCUUCAUUGGUCAACCUGGGAAGCUCACUUGCUUCUUCCAACAAACUGCCUUUGCCAUUCUCUUUUCCCUUGCAGUUUCCUCUGUGUUGGCAAAAACUGUCAUGGUGGUUCUGGCCUUCAUGGCCACCAAGCCAGGGAACAGGUCAAGGAAACUCUUAGGAAAACCACUUACUAACUCCAUUGUCUUAGCCUGUCCUCUGGUCCAAGCAGUACUUUGUGCCAUCUGGCUGGUAACCUCUCCCCCGUUUCCCAACUUGGACUUCCAUGCCUUGACUAGGGAGACCAUUUUGGAAUGUCAGGAAGGCUCAGUUUCAAUGUUUUAUGCUGUCCUCUCCUACCUGGGUUUCCUGGCCCUUGUGAGUUUCACAGUGGCUUUCCUGGCUAGGAAAUUGCCUGACAGCUUUAACGAAGCCAAGUUCAUCACUUUCAGCAUGCUGGUCUUUUGCAGUGUUUGGAUCUCAUUCCUCCCCACCUACCUGAGCACCAAAGGGAAGUCCAUGGUGGCCGUGGAGAUCUUCUCCAUCUUGGCCUCUGGGGCUGGUCUCUUGGCUUGCAUCUUUUUCCCCAAAUGCUACAUUAUCCUACUGAGGCCCCAUCUGAAUUGUAGAGAAAAUAUAAUGAGGCACAAGAAUCUCUGAUUUGUCCUGGGAUUGGGAAAUUUUACUUGGAUUGGGGGAUUUUGGACAGUUGUCCCUCAUAAGGUCCCAAUGAUCAUCUGAGUAAUAUACAUUGAUAUCAAAGGUGUGGAUAUUUAUUAAUUAAACAAAUUUAUAUCUAGUCAUUCAACUCACACACAGCUGUGACUCUGGGCAGCUGAAAACAAAUUUUGUUAAAAUCCAUCAUAUAAUAAAUCCAUCAUAUAAUACAUCCAUGAUAUUUUUAAAAAAACCCGUAACCCACCAAUUUACAGCAGGAAAGUUUCCCACUUUAAUCACAGUGUCUAAAAUGUGCUGGAUUGUGUUGGGUGCCUAGGGAGCAGGAGGGCAAGACUUUUAUUUUACAAAAGGAAAGGUUGCUAAUUAAAAAAAAGAGAGAGAAUGAAAUUGUAAAUUGUGAAUAUCUUCAAGUAGUGCACAAAUUAAAUCUGCACUAAAAAUCAUAUAGUUUAUAUUAAAACUAUUUAAAUAGAAAACAGUAUUUCCUAUAAUCCCUUAAUUUACCCUAUCUACUUUUUAAGUGCAAUUUCACUAUAUAUUCACAUCUUUAUAUUAUAUAUCUCAAUAAAUUUAUUCAUUGUUGA